UUUAUGAAAGGUGCAAAAUGUUUUGAUUUUGAACGAGAAUUGAAAAUUGUUAAAAUUCGCCGAAACGCCUGUAAAACACGGAAUGUGCAGUGAGAUCGAAAAUAAUAUCUCUCGAGUGGAUGUUUGGUUAUUAAUCUAUGCGAGUUUUGUCAACAUUAGUGUUAUUUUAUGUGAUUUUUGUGCUAUUUUAUUCUAAUGAUAUCACAAAUGAUAUGUGACCGAAUGAUUAGCAAGAGAUAUGUCUACUAGUGAUCAAAUUACAUGUCCGGGUGUAUGUGAAACGACUGUAAAAAAUGAAGAAAACCCUAUUGUUGUUCACGAUGAAGUCAGUGAGAAAAAAGAAGAAAAACCUAAGAGGAAGGUAUCUUUUCCUCAUGAUGAGGAGCUAGUCACUCAAUACUUCGAACCAGCCAACCCUUGGCAUGAUGUACCUACAACGACGCGUGCGCAGCUUGCAGGCGAAUAUCUCGAAGCUUGCAGGAGUCAUAACACACCUCCCAUCGAUUCUGUACUGCAACAGAUACGGGAACUAUCAGAAAACACGAUUGGUGGUUGUAUUCGAGCGGCUCGGCUCACGCUGGCAGAGUGUUCCCUGCUCGGUCCGUCACCGGUGGAUGCGCUAGAGUCGCUGUUAAGCAAAGUUCAAUUUAGAAGACUCGAAAUUGACCAUGUGGAGAUCGAUGAUGAGGGGGCGGAAGCGAUAUUCGAUAUGAUUGAAUACUAUGAGAGCGCGUCGGCUGUGUGUAUAAGUGGGCCGCGGCAGUUCGGUAUUCGUGGAUGGCAGGCCGCUUCUAGAAUGAUUAAAAAGAGCGCAGAAUUGACGGAACUAGAAAUAUCCGAGAGUCCACUAGAAGCUGCGCACGCGCCGGUGUUGGCUCGAUCGUUGAAGCCGCUCGCCUGUCGUGUGAGGUCGCUGUGUUUACAACAGGCAAGCCUGGCCGGGGAAUCACUUUUGUGCUUGGUAAUCGCCUUAAAAUCAAACAACUCAGUACGUGAGCUGCGCCUCGGAGACAACGGCUUGACCCAAUAUGAUGCGGUUCAGUUGGGUUCCUUAUUGCGGUAUAAUACGAGGCUUCAACUGCUGGAUCUUUCCAAUAAUCAGAUACAGGACGCCGGUGUGUGUGACAUAGCAAAUGCUUUAGUAGAGCAGUCUGCGCAUACGCCGCCAUCAGCACCAACAUCCCCACUAUCGCCGCAUCACUGUCCACUGAGUGGAUAUGAAUACCGAGGUCUGGCUUUUCUCGUGCUAUGGAAUAAUCAGCUGACAAGAAACUGUGCCCAGCACUUAGCAAGAGUUCUGAACACGUCAAAAUCGCUCUGUGUCUUAAAUGUGGGACGCAAUGCCCUUGGCUCUGAGGGGGUAAAAACCCUCACGAUGAGUGGUGGAGGCGCGCUGGUGUCUUUAGGCCUUCAGGCAGCUAGACUAAGCCUAGAUGCGGCUAAGUGCAUAGCGGAGCUUAUACAGAGUAAUUCCAAAUUACAGAGGUUAGAUCUUCGAGAUAAUAGGCUGGGCGUGGCCGGACUGCAAGCGAUAUGCAAUGCUGUGAAAGAUAACCAGACACUCACACAAAUUGACUUGGACGACCCACCGGAAACACCAAACCCAGCGGUGAACGUACAAACGUGUACUGAAGCAGCAACGAUGAUGCGUCUAACGAAAGAGAUUCGUGCUAUUUGUCAACGGAAUGAACCAAGCGGAAAGCCAGUGCGCAAGAUUAGUCUCACUUGUCAUACUGCGCAUGCGCAUACUACAGCGCUAUUGGCUAAGCCAUCAACUGUAGAAGAGCGUCGCGUUCGUCUUCGUUCGCCUGCCCCCUCCCCAGCGCCGUCUCCUUCCCCCUCACCAUCCCCCGCCGGAAGUCCUAUACCCCCGGGACAUGCAAACUCCAGGUUCUAUGUGACCCGAGUCACACCAGAAAGAGAUUCAUCAACAGACAGUUCGAGCCCUUCAACGCCAACCAAACCAUCUUAUUGCCCCACGCCUUCUAGAUUUAAAGUUGUACAGGUCGCAGAACCACCGCAGAUUCAAAUCCACCCAGCACAGCCGAGGCGACCAUCAUCUCGGUUCUCAGUAACAAGGAACUACGAUGCUAUGUAUAACCCUUCUCCCGCCCCAUCUCCUUCACCGCCACCCGCUACUGAAAGUGUACCUGCAAAAAGUGAAAUUAAAGCUAUCAACCCCGAUACAGCUUUAACAUUUGAUAAACUUGCAACAGUAAAAAAGGAAACUAAAAAUAAAAGUGAUCAAGAUAGUGUUAAAACAGAUAUUGCAGCUGAAAAACUAUCUGAAACUAGACAUAUUGAAUGGAAAACUGUGAAAGAUGCAAAGGGUGAUGAAACAGAUGGUAUAUGCGAUAAGAGAGGUAAAAGUGGUAAAGAGAACAAAAUGUGUAGUGUUAGUUCUGAUAAACAAUGUGUAAAAUCGAAAGAACAUGGUGCGGAAAGUGACUUUGUGAUUGAUAGAGUUAAAGCGCCAAUUUCAAUGCAGCUAAUAGCAGAGCCUAGCUAUAAAAAAGAUAAUAUUAGUUCAGAAAUUGUUAUACAAACAGAGGACAUAGAAAAAGAAAAAUGUCAAUGUGACACAAAAAGACUUUUACAAGAUAAAUUUGCCCGGAUUGAAAAUAUUGAACCUAAAAUUGAAGGAGGUGAUAAAAAGUCGAAGGAAAUUAUUAAGAAAGACUCUGAAAAAGAAGUAAAGGCUGAUAACAAAAAUGAUAAACGAAUUGAGAGUGUUGUAACAGAAAUCGUUUCUGAAAUAGAACCUCUCAAAUUUACUAUUAAACAAGAUUCUGUGAUACACGGACCACAAAUGGCUAAAGAAACUCAAUCACGUUGUUUAUUGAGUUCUGGUGAUAAAACUGAGACUGAGGCUCAAACCCCGGAAAUAGUUAAGGUUGCCUUUACGAAUAUUAUUGAUAAUGUGGCCUGGCCUCCGUUACGAACUAAAAGUGAUAAAGGCAAUCAGGACAGUACAGACUUGAAAGUGACUACACAAAGUGAUAGUGUUAAAAAUGUUAAAAUUAGUGAUACAGUUAAGUUAGGUGACAUACUCACCGAUAGUUGUAAAGAUAAGGUGGAAGAAUUGUCUCAAGAAACAGUUAGUGUAGAUAAAACAAUUAAAACAGAGACAAAACUUGUUAAAAACAGUGUAGAAGUAACCGAAUCAGAAAAAGUUGACGUAGAUGUCACAGUUGUAGUAAAAAAGGAAUCAAAUACCGAGAAAACCAAAGUACAUAGUGACCAAAUUGUAAAUAUAGAUAAUAAGGUAAAGGGAGACAUAGCCAUUAAACAAAUAGAAGCAAUUACAGCUGAUUUAGGUAGUUUAAUACAAGAAAUGCACGAUCUAACCACAAAAACAAAGAAAAACGAUUUAGUUAUAGAUAAUGUUGUACCUGUUCGCGAUAAUGUAGUUUUAAAGAAGAAUAAAAGUGAAUCGAGUUUGGAUAGUCCAGAUUUAGAAGUGUCUAGACUUAUGAGAAAGCAAGUUAGUGCCUUUUGUGACAGCAGCUCAUCCUUGGAGAUUUCUGGCAGUUCAGUGGAAAGCUUAAAUAUUGAUAGAAUGAAGCCAGUGAUAAUUGAAACCAUAGAAGCUAAAAGGGAACAAUUCUCGAAUGAAAGCAGUAUGGAAUCAACAAGUGAAGUUACCCCAGUGAAUCUUAACGUAUCAAUAAGUUCUAACGAAAGCGUUUCGCCAAUCAUUUUUGGAACUUCCAAGAAAAUUCAUGAUUCUCUGUCGAGUUUAGAGGCUAGUGUCAGUUCAAUUGAAUCGGCAAAAGAGAAAAUGAUGGUUACAUCCGCUGAUUCAGGCAUAGAGCAUUCUCUUAAUCCCUCAGAUGUAAGAGAAGACAAUUCUUCUAAUGAAGGAACUCUAACUAACAGUUCAAGCUUGAAAGACACUGAUAAGAGUUCCCAAGAAACAUUGACAUCGCCAAAACGGACUUCAAGCUUGUUAGAUGUUCCCGCUUUGAAGUCCAAAGGUUUAGAGAGAAUGAGAAAGAUAUCAUGGGUAGCGCCCUCUCCCAGUUUUCAUAUACCUAGACCAGAGCCAGAGAAAGUUGAAAAUAAAUUUCCAUCUAAUUUGGAGAAGCUAUUGAGUCUAUUUCAACAUCCAAGCAGCCUGUUUUCACGCGCAACGACAGAAGAUGAUAAAAAAUCAACUUCCAGUACACCACCUAGAAAAGACUCGUCAUUAACCAGCUCAUUCUGGUCUUGGGCCAGCUCAUCUGACAAAUCCGACAAGGAUGACAAAGAUGCUGACAGCCUCUCGGAAGCGACAGACUCUACUCUAUCAGAAAGGGUUCAAGUAUCAUUCGUUGACGAAUCUUUCUCUAAAAAAUUUGACAAAACGCCGUCAACAGAUACAGAAAAUACAUUGAGCGAAUUCCAAUCGUUUCAAGCAGGAGACACUGUUACCGACAUAACCACCGACGAAAAAUUAGUACAAAUCUUAGAUGUAAGUAAAGACGCAGCGUCCAUUGAUAUGCCUGCGUGCAAAACAGAUCUCAUUGUACCCAACGAUUAUGAAAUUGAUGAAAAAUGUGAAAAAACAGAAAAAUUAGUUAAGUUAGAAGAAAAGAUAGAUGUAAGACCUAGAACGUUUGCAUCAGUUCUCAAAUCGACUGGCUCCGAAAAUUCUUUAGAUAAACAAAGCCCCGAGGCGGGUCAGCCGGUUGAUAAAUUUCCUACCAAAGUUAUAAGAGGUAUUAAGGAAAAUGUUAGCCCGGAAAAUACAAUAACGUCAAUGUCCACGAAAGCCCUAGUGUACGAACUAUCUGAACGACCAAUAAAGAAUUCACCAAUAGUGAGCACAAUAUGGGAAAUACAGACGCCAGUUUCAGAGAAAAGUGAAGUUAAAUUCGAAGAUCACAAAGCUCAAAGUGAUUUAGCACCGAUCGCUAAUAUAGAUGAAACAUGCGAUGUAGCCGCAGAUGAAAGUAUUCAAUUCGCAUACAUAGACGAUGUCAAAGUUGAUGAAGACAAUAAAUUUAUUAAAGAAUUAGGGUCCGUCGACGUCGCCAAAGAUGCUCUGUCAUACUUAGAAAGUAAAGAUACAAUCAGAAAGCCAGAAUCAUCAUUGGCGCAGGAGUUGAAGGAUGCAGAGAGAAAGGAGUUAGUAGACCUAUCUCCCGAGUUGGUACUUGACGAAGCGCUUGAUAAACCUGAUUAUGCAAUAGAUGUAAAGGGCCGUAAGAGUUCACCUGUGAUCCCAGAGCGGGCAAAGUUAAAGAAAUCAAAUUCGCUUGAAGAUUUAACGAAGCGUCCCGAAAAAGAAAGCCCAAAAUUGAAAUCCAUUGCUUUUAAAGUCCCAGAAAGUACGACACCGAGAGAUAUUCCCCAGCGGCGUACAAAAUUGCGUAAUAGAAGCGGUUCAAGUCCAAAAUCUCUACCGGAAAGCUUAAACAAGCCCUGCCCCUUGGCUAAGAUGGAUUCUAUAUUGAGUAAAAAGAAGAAAAAGGUAUCAUCUUUAGGUAAAAUGGCGCGUGACUCUCUUCUAGCUUUAAAUAUGAGCGAGGAAGAAAUUGCAGAGUUCAGAAGAUCUUACAAAUUAACAUCAGUGGAAAGUUUGAGGUCUCUCGAAUCAGUUUCUGAAGAUGCAAAUUCUCAGAGCGGCACAUCUAUAGACUCGAGAUGUAGAGCUUGUCUACGGACGAGUCAAGAAAGUCUUAUGUCACUGGACUCUAUAACAGAAGAUUGUCGUUGCCAAGAAUUUUGCGAACGACGCACUCAUAGAUAAAAUACGAAAGAAUAUUUUGGUCUUCGCUUACACCAAAUUAAAUUUGGUUAUACAACAGUCUUUGACUAUAACCUGCAAAAGGCAUUCCAAACACGGAAAGCCAUCAUGUUUUAAAAAACUAGUGAAUCCUCGAAUCCCAUUUUGACAAUUUUAUAACUAGUGUACUAUAGACGAAAUCCUUAAUAUUUAUGGGGCGGGCGCGACUUAAAAUAUUUAUGCUAUAGUGGACUUUAUCGCCGUACCAUUAAGUCAUCUAUUUAUCCAUUUACAGCCAACGAUCCUGUCCAAAGUGUGAAACUAAGAGGUGGGUGACUGUGUAUUUAUUAUUCAACGAUUAUCCGUUAAUAAUUUAUAAAAUGUUAACGUUUUUGACAUAUAUCGAUGAUAUGUUACUAAUUUUAAGAGGUCUGUAACCACGAUAGGUUAUAAAAACAAAAACAUUGUUAGGAGACACUAAUGAGAAGUGGGGCUAUUUCCACUUAUAAAUAUUAUAUAAUACAGUUGUAGGAUCAUAAACAUAUUUCUAGAUUUUAAAAAAAAUUAUGAAUGUUCUUCAAAAAUAUUGUUUUAUUUUAAUGUUCUAAUUUAGGAACGUUGUUAACGUGAUUGUCUCAUUAUUAUUUUGAAUUCACGUGAAUUGUACUGGCAUCUAUAGUGCUCUGUGUCAAUAUGAGAUGAAUGUUCUGGGAGUAGUGCCACAGCUCAUUGCAACAAUAAAUAUGUAAAAAAUAUAUUCUGUGCAGCUGAUAUUUGAAUUGCUUCUAUGUAUUUGAACAUACGGCUGUAUGUCACAGAAGAUAUUUGGAAAUUUUCUGAUAGGAAAAUGUGUUGCAUUUUAAAACAUUCUCGGUUACCUUCGAACUAAAUUAAAAUUAAAAUAUCUGUAAAAUGCAAUAUAAUUUUGUUUAUUUGACACAAAGAUGCAAAGCACUUUAAUAAAAACCCUAAAAGCUUGUUCUUUUAUAUAUAAAGAGGGUGUAAUAACGUUACUACACAAAAUUAUUAACAUAUUUAAAUACUACUUCCUGUAGUAGUGCCUCCAAUCUAAAUUAUUUUUUUCCAUGUGAACAGCUGAUAUGUCAACGACCUUAAAACGUCAACCCCAAUUACAGUGCCACAAUUUUAUAGGUUGGUAAGAGUGCUGUCAUUUAUAUUAGUAUUGCCAGUAAAUAAUAAUUAACCAUUGAAGUUUGCAUGGUAACUUAAUAAUUGAUUGAAAUGUCUUAAUACAACAAUGCAUACUAGUAUCUAUAAAAUACAGUUCUAGGCUUAAAUAAAUGAGACACAAACUUAAUAACAACUGAUAUGAUAGGUUUUGUUACCUGUACUAUUAAUAUAUCUUUAAGGAUACCUAGCAAUCAGAACCGUUCUAUAAUUAAAACUUUGCCAUUGCCGUUAAUAAUGCAAAAAUUAAAGGAUUUGUAUGAGAGGUAUAUAGUAAAAUUAUUUAUUGAACGCACAUUGCAAGAAACUGACAAUGUUAGUCUGACAUUUCAAAAUGGCGUCGAUAGUACCAAUUUCAGCCAAGAAAAGUAUGUGGCACUGUAAGGUCUUUGAAUUUUGCGUCGAAGGUUUUUCAUAUGUUUACUUAUUUAUACUUUUAUAAGAGUUAUAUAUUUUUGUCCUUGUCAUUUUAACAAAUAUGUAAAGGUUAAUUUUAGAGGUGAGGUAAAAAUAAUAUACUAUUUAAACUUGACAGUACAUAUUCCUAUCGAAAAUCUCUUUGAAGUGUUAUUGUUUUGGAAGAUUAUUUCACUGUUUCUCUAGAGUCUAGAUAUUUAUAGAAGAGCAUGUUUUAUGGCGCUAAAGCUAGCCUGGCCACAUAACAAAAAUUAUGAAUUUCCUUGAUGUAAUCUGUAUCCUAGCAUUGUUUCUUUUGACGUUAUUCUUAAUAUCUACAGUCUACUGGCUGACGACGGUA